AUGAAAACUGUGGCAUCUCCAUCAGAUGAUCAAUCAAAGAUUGUAAUGGGGUACUCCCCAGAUAGGUACCCUCAACCCCCUUAUGGAUACCCUCAACCAGAUAUUGGAUAUCAUCAUGAUAAAGGUUAUGCAAAUUCUGUUAAUCCAAAUCCUCAUCCCCAAUCAUUUGAUGGAUACUAUUAUCAGCAAUCCUAUGAGCCGUUGGUACCCGAACCGAGUAGGACUACUUCCAUUGGUCGUGCAAUGAUCUACCUGUUGAUUGUUUUAACUUUUGGAAUGUGCCUGUUGAGCAUAGUCAUUUUUCUCCUGUUUGGUACAGACCAGCCAGAUUUCCACAUGGUGUCAUUGACCGUGCCAACUUUUAAUGUGACUAACUCGUCCCUAAUAGCCAGCUGGUACGCCAACAUUACUGUCACGAAUCAAAACGAAGCUUUCAAAGUUCACUUUCAGCAUGUUGUAUCUUCAAUCUUCUAUGAAGAAGUUAUGUUGGCAAUCUCUCUUUUGAAGCCUUUUCAAGUAGAGACAAAGCAGACACGUAGUAUGAGUUUCCGUGUGACAACAGAUCCAUCGAAUCAGGAAAAAUUGCAUAACGGGGUGUUCCCAAAUAUUGUUCAGGAUCGAAGCAAUGGCAUCGUAAUUUUCAGCUUGAGACUGUCUUUGAAGGCCCAGAAAAUUGACCGAAGAUUUUCCCAAUCAAUGCGUACUUUUUACGCGAUAGCCUUGUCGGAUGCCAAGAACUAG